AUACUUUCCUGCCACUGCUGAUUCUACAUUGGUUUCCUGUUCUUUUUCUUGCUUCAACUCACCCCAUAGACCAAUAGUUUAUACUGGGUUGAUUCGUUUUGCUGGGGAAGCAUAAAGCUAAGAUUUUUGGCAAGGAAGAAACAGGAUCACAUUGACCUUUCUUUUUCUCAGGGUCUUCCUUCUAUUGAGAGAAAAUGAACCAAGAAAUGAAUGGGGUUGAGGCUGAGAAGCAGCAAGAGAAUGGAAAUGGGAAAAUGGGUUAUGAUGUGCUGGAGAAAAUAGACUAUGUGUUUAAGGUGGUGGUGAUAGGGGAUUCAGCAGUUGGCAAGACUCAAAUACUGUCAAGGUUUGCAAAGAAUGAGUUUUGCCUUGACUCAAAGUCCACCAUUGGUGUUGAAUUCCAGACCAAGACUGUCACUAUUAAUGCCAAACUCAUCAAAGCUCAGAUCUGGGAUACUGCUGGCCAAGAAAGGUACAGGGCUGUAACAAGUGCCUACUACAGAGGUGCAUUAGGGGCAAUGCUGGUGUACGACAUGACAAAGAGGACAUCAUUUGACCAUGUUGCGAGGUGGCUGGAGGAGCUGCGUGCACACGCAGAUAGCUCCAUUGUGAUCAUGUUGGUUGGUAACAAAGCUGACCUUGUGGAGCAGAGAAUGGUGGCAACUGAAGAUGCAGUGGAGUUUGCUGAGGACCAGGGUCUCUUCUUCUCUGAGACUUCAGCUCUCAGUGGUGACAAUGUGGAGAGUGCAUUCCUCAAGCUGCUAGAGGAGAUCAACAGUGUAGUGUCUAAAAAGGCAUUGGAAUGUGGUUGUGGAAAGGUCAAUGGUGACAGCAAUUUUGCCUCAUUCAAAGGAACUAAGGUUGAUAUACUCUCAGUUCCUGAAUUGGAAAUCAGUGAGAUCAAGAAAUUGUCUUCUUGCUCUUGUUAAUAUUGCUACUGAGAUUUUAGACAGUGUAUUUGAUUUUAAGUUUGGAAAAAAGAACACAGUCAUAUAUAUAUAUAUAUAUAUGCUUAGUGGUGGUGAGUGAUGAAGGAUAAAUAGAUUCAGUAGCUAUUGCUUUCCAUGGUAAUUGUUGAAGAGUAAUAGUUGUUCAGCUGGAUCAAGAUUAUGAAUCAUUACAGUUAUGGAACAUUUACUAAAAAAAUGUACUGAUAGACAUUUGGAAUGUUGUCUCAAAUAUAAACAGAUAUAUGGUAUUUAUUUGGAACAUUCACCUAAGAUGUAACUUCUGUAAUGGAAAUUUGUUUUAUGUUCU